GGGAUUUUGUCGACAAUGUAGAAACAUUUCUGUUACCUCUUGCACUCAAGGUACGAUACCCCAAUAGGGUAACAUUAAUACGUGGUAAUUAUGAAUUAACCCAAGUAUCUGAAUUCUAUGACGAAUGCUUUCAAAAAUAUGGUUCG